AUGGACAUUGAUUUUAGUAAGUACUUGUUAUUUCAGUGCAUUUUCAGUAUGAUAUUAUACAGUAAAGUUCAAAAAUAUACGGAUUUUUGGUCAGCUCAAAAAAACCAAUUUUCACCGAUUUUUUCAAAUUUUUGCUAAUUUCAGUAGCUUUGUUGAACUUUAGCUUGCUAUAUUUAAUUUCCUAAUGUUAUCCUCAUAAUGGUGCCGUCUAAAAUAUAUUUAACUCAAGGCAAUAAAAUUUCCAGUAGCAACAUUCAUUUCAUUCCUGGCGGGUGCCAUGGCAUGUACUAUAAUGUUAUGGUUUCAAUGUGGCAAAGCCGAUCGAGCCGUAGAGAAGGGACCACCUCCAGCGGCACCAGCUGCUGCACCACCAGCGGCAAAGAAAGUAGAGACUCCAGUCAGCGAAAAAAGUAAAAAACCUUUAAAUUUACCAGUUUCAUAUAGGUCGAAUAUGCUACAAUAUAUAUAAUACCCUAUAUAUAAUUAACUGUUUCAGAAGACCCGGGCAAGUCAAAGAUGGAGAACUCGCAAGUCGAUAAAGAGUAAGUGAUGAACGUUAAAGUUUUGUCUAGUAUUAUAUAUUUUUUUAUUUGAAAAAUUUUAAUCACCAUCAUAUUGUAGCAAAGAGUCCGUCAAGACCGCUGCACCCGCUCCUGAACUUCUAAAAUCGCCGGAGAAGCAACCGGAUGGAACACAGUAAGUUCUACAUUGAUCUUACGGUUUCUUUCAAGAUAAAUUGCACCAUCUAUAGCAAAGAACUCCUUUAAAAAUUAUUUCAGACAAUCCGAGAAAGAAAAAGCUGAUACUGCUCAGGCGCCGACUCCUUCAACUGCCAAAGAAAUUCCACCUUCGACCGCCCAAAUUGUAUCUCCCAAUACCGCCAAGGAGGUUCCGCCAGAAACUGCCAAAGAGAUUCCUCCUUCAACCGCACAAGUUGUAAGCCCGUCUACCCCACAACCUCCACCAGAACCGGAAAAAGGCAAGUUUUAAAGGUUUUUUGAUUAGAUAAUCACUGAUUCUAUCCAGAACAAUAACAGUUGCAGCUGUUUUGAUACUUUAGUAUUUUUCUGAAACGUACUGUAUUUUUUGUUUUAUUAUUGUCACCAUAACGAUAAUCGUUAACUGUUUAGAAGUCGAAAAGACACAAGAACAGGAAGAAGAGAAGAAGCUGUCAGGCGAAGAGUUGAAGCCAGACGAUCCUGAGAGCAAGAAGAAGAAAAAAAAGAAAAAGAAGAAGGACAAAAGCUCAAGCAAGAAGAAGGAGAAACAUAAGAAAGACAAGAAAGAAGAAGAACCUAAAGUAGAAGAAAAGAAGGAAGUUGUUGAGGAAAAGAAGGAAGAGAAGAAGGUCGAAGUCGUGGAGGAAAAGAAGCCAGAUGGAGCUGUGGAAGAAAAGAAAGUUAAGGAGUUGAAGGUAGAAGAGAAGAAAGAAGUGGUUCAAGAAAAGAAGGAAGAAAAGAAAGGAUCAGCUGAGAAAGUACUAGAAGCAGCACCACCACCAGCUGAGAAAAAGGAAGAAAAGAAGGGUUCGGCCGAAAAAGUAGAAGAGAAGAAAGUUGAGGAAAAGAAGGUGGACGAGAAGAAAGAAGUAGUUCAAGGAAAGAAGGAGGAAAAGAAAGGAUCGGCAGAGAAGGUAGCAGAAACAGCACCACUACCACCGGCCGAGAAAAAGGAGGAAAAGAAGGGAUCGGCCGAAAAGGCGGCUGAGAAGAAGGGAUCAGCAGAGAAAGCAGAAAAGGAUCUUAAGAAGACGGAAGACAAGAAAACCACGGCAACAGAAGAAAAGAAGGACGAAAAGAAGAAGACCAACUCCAAGAGGAACAAGAAAGGAAAGAAAAAGUCAAAGGACGGGGAGAAGAAGGAUAAAAAGAAGAAGACCUCCAAGAAGCAUAAAGAGAAAAAGGAAAAAAAGAAAAGUAAGUGUUGUCAUAACAUUUCAUGUCAUCAACUGUCAUGACCAAUGUUCUCGAGGAAUUUUAAAAGAUUUUCAUAAUUUUUUAAUUUUUAAAAUAUGAUGCAAUAUAAGGUAAUACCCACUGUUUUCAGAUUAA